CAAUAUAUCACACAACAAAAAAUUGUUAUCGUGACAGGUCUAUGUACGAAUUGGUCGUUUGAAUGCGUUGCAAAACCCAAUAAAGCCAAACUGGUUUAGAUCAGUUUCACCAGGCCCACAAAGCGUGAUAUAAACAUUCUCUGUCAACUCAGAGUUUGGACCAGAGUUUGUCAUUAUCUCUGGAGUGUGUGCACCUGACAGUGUGACACUUGCAGCAAACAAGAUAUGUCAACAUUAAACAUUUUAUAAAUUUAAAUGCAUUUCCAAAGAAACUUCAAUAUCCAAGUAGAAUUUUAUUUUUGCAUAAUAUCACGGCAGUGCAGCAUAAGCGGAAAUCCCAGGGGGGUCGGGGGAGACAGGACCCCUCCAUCUACGAGUUGUCCACCUAAAAAUAUUAUUAAAAACAACUCUGUGCAUUUAUAAUUAAAUAACAAUGUUUUAUAUUUUAAUCUAUUGUGUAAGUAAAACAACACAAACGGGACAAUCUUUUUAGAGUCUACCGUACCUUGCCUCACAGUGCUUUGGUCCGAAUGCCUUGUUUCCUCUUUUACAUCACCUACACACACAAAGUCCAGUGAAAGAGAGAACAAAGCCAAUAGUUGUGGAAUUCCAGUAAGUAAGGCUGUCAAUGCUAUUUUAUUCACUUAAAUAUCGGAUGAAGUGAUUUUUUUUCUUUAAUACAGAUCUACCAGAGCUGUUGAAAAUUCAUUUCUCUACCAUAAGCCGUCUCCAAAGGCGUUCCAGGGAAUCUGGCAGUACAUCCAACCGGCCUCACAAACACAGACCACGUGUAACCAUACCAGCCCAGCACCUCCACAUCCAGUAUCUUCACCUUCAAGAUCGUCUGACACGGUUUACAAUCGGUUUACAUAACCAAAGAAUUUCUGCACAAACUGUCAGAAACCAUCCCAGGGGAGCUCAUCUGCAUGCUUGUCGACUGUAGUUUGUUGUUAUAACCGACUCGAGUGGGCAAAUGCUCACAUUUGAUGGCGUCUGGCACUUUGGAGAGAAUCCUGAAUCCUGGUUUUCACUGUACAUGGCAGAUGGCAGACAGCGUGUAUGGUGUCGUGAUGGUGAGCGGUUUGCAGAGAUACCGUGACGAGAUCCUGAGGCCCGUUGUUGUGCCAUUCAUCCACGACCAUCACCUCAUGUUGCAGCAUGAUAAUGCACGGCCCCAUGCAAGGAUCUGUACACUAUUCCUGGAAGCUGAAAACAUCCCAGUUCUUUUAUGGCCAGCAUACUCACCGGACAUGUCACCCACUGAGCAUGUUUGGGAUGCUCUGGAUCGGUGUAUACUACAGCGUGUUCAAGUUCCUCCCAAUAUCCAGCAACUUCACACAGACAAUGAAGAGUAGACCAACAUCCCACAGGCCACAAUCAACAACCUGAUCAACUCUAUGUGAAGGAGACGUGUUGCACUGUGUGAUGCAAAUGGCAGUUUUACCUCACGCAGUGCAGCAAAACCCCCAAUACAAUAUAACUACACAUUUUAGAGUGGCCUUUUAUUGUGGCCAGCCUAAACCUUGCUAUGUGCACUGUGCUAGACAAAGACUAGUGAGACUCGUCACAGCAAGUAUAUUGUUGCUCACUCGAUGGUCUGAUUGCUUCUACUUUGUAAGUCGCUUUGGAUAAAAGCGUCUGCUAAAUGACCAGGCCUAAAAGUAAAUGUAACUCAUCAGUUCUGUACAUGGCUUUGAACAUGGUAUUAUAUCCAAUGCUAGUAAGAAGGUUUUUAUGAUCUGAAGGCCUAAAGAGAAUUUUAAAAACUUCUGGCUUUAUUUUGUCUAAUAAGGAUCAUGCUGUUUGUGUUAAAUUGAAAUACUGUAUAUUGGACAUUUUGUUACAGAGCACAUAGAUGAAGUCACUGAAAGGCAAUUUUUAUGGGGAAAUAGAUAUUUAUGUUUUGGUACUUGUAAGGUUGUUUAGGUUGUUAAAAGUCAAAGAGCUUUAAAACAGAGGUCUUCGACCAUAAUCUUGGAGACCCACGGUCUUGAAGAGUUUAGUUCCAAACUUAGUGGGUCUAAAGUAUAUGUUCCUCAAGCCUCCUGUCUGUUUUGUUCGGGGUAAAAACCCAGUUUUAGGCAACCAGAUAUUUCCUGUGCUCUGAGAAUGGAAGCGAGUUUUGCUCGAUUUAUCUGACUCUCCUCUGCUUUUCUGCUGAGGUUAGCAGUUAUGUCAACCUCAGCAACCAGGAUCCAACGUCACAUGCGAGCAGAGUUUCCUGUAUAGGUACUGGAGUUUCUGAACAGUCAUGUAUCUAGUCAAUUGCCCCAGCACAAGCAAACCAGCCAAACAGGACAACCAAAAAUCACUGUAUGUCUAGAUUUUGAGGAGCAGCGGUCAGCAAGUGUACACCAAUUGUUUUGGCUGUCACAAUGUUGCAGGAAGGCAAUUUAACCACCAAUGAGUCCUGUCAGAUUCAUGAUGGCUUUCUGUGGCCCGUCUUGCCCAUUGGCUACAUUCUCAUCUGUUGCAUUGGUCUGCUCUGUAACACCGUCACCCUCUACAUAUUUUUCCUUCGGCGGCAUGCAGACUCUUCCAUGGCUGUGUACAUGCGACACCUUGCCCUGGCGGACACACUCCUGGUCAUGUGUUUGCCCCUGCGAGUGUACUACCACAACAAAGAAGGUCCCUUCUACUUGUGCAAGGUGGUGGGCAUCUUCUUCUACAUCAACAUGUAUUCCAGCAUCCUGUUCCUCAGCCUCAUCAGUCUAGAUCGCUAUUUGAAAAUCAUCAAGCCUGUUUGGGUCUUUCGAAUCCAAAAGACAAAGUGGAGCCACACGGCAAGCUACAUCAUCUGGGCGAUCCUCAUUUCUGGAAUGAUUCCCUUUUUUUCAAGCAACAGUCAACGAAAUCCCUGUGACAAGGUCUGCUUCCACUUCCACAGCAAGGGACCCGUCGGUGGGACCAUAAACCUGACAACAGUGGUUCUCUUCCUUGUUUUUUAUGUAGCCUUUCUUUGUUUUUAUGUGAAGAUCACUAAGAAACUCAAGACUAUGACCAUGGGUAAUGGUGACCCUAAGGCACAGAGUCGCAAAAAGAGGGUCAUCAUCAAGACUUUCUUAGUACCAGCCAUUUUUACAUUGUGUUUCUUGCCGUACCAUGCAGUACGCAUACCAUACGUUCUGGCUCAGCUGAACGUGAUCGGAGAUCUUCAUAGCCAACAAUUGUUGCACAUCUUAAAUGAGAGUACUUUGCUAUUGUCUGCUCUAAAUAGCUGCCUAGACCCAAUUAUCUAUUACUUCUUAUCCAGUGCAUACAGGAAAACAAUACUGUGUGCCAUUCAGGGCAAGUUUAAAAACAUGUAUGCUUUAAACAGAAGGAGGAUCAGCAUAAACCGCUCACUCACUGAAAUUUAGCAUUAAAGGAUGACUUUUUCAAUUGUGACUUGUCUAGAUGAAUCACUUUUUUUAUUCAACAAAUUGAAAAUAUUUAGUUUUAAAUUAUGUUUACUAUUGGUCACAGCUUGGGUUCACAUGACUUAAUAUAAUAUUUAGAUUCAGAUUCAGAUGGCUUUAUUAGUCCCCAAUGAGGCAAUUCAGUUCUACAGCCAAUAAAUGUAAAAAAUGUAAAAAAUGUUUAUACCUUAUUUGUAUAAACAUGUAAGGCAUAUGUGUGUGUGUAUGACGGUUCUAAAAUUGCUUUUCUGUAAAUAAUGAAUAUGUAGCUGCAAUUUCUCUAAAGCAGUGGUUCUCAAAUUAUUUUUCUUUGAUGUAAAUUUUUUGGCGGUGCCCAAAAACUAUAUAUAUAUAUAUAUCAUAUCAUCAGUGUAAAAUUGUUCAUAUAUAUUUAUAUUUAUCUGUGUUUAUUUGUGUGCACACUCACAAACAAACACACACACACACACACACACACGCACGCACACACACACACACACAGUUUGCACUUAGCAUUGUAUUUUCUUAUUUCAUUUUCCUUUGGUGUCUGUGACCCAGAUCUGACAUGGAGCCAACCAGUUGAGAUCCACUGAGCUACAGUGCUCUGAGUGUACAUUUGUGGAUAGACUUUUUACAUUUUCUUCAUGGCUUUAUUUAACUGAGAGAAUGACCUAUAUUUAUGAUAGUUAUAAUAUGUGAAAAAAAUACUGUAAAUGUUAUGGAUUUCCCCUAUUGCAAUAGAUCGCAUGUGGUUGACAUGGGGGCUGUUGUGCUAUGAGUGUAACCCAUGUUUGUGGUGGUAGAUUUUGUAAGUGUAACGUGGGAAAAUACUAAAUGUUGUUCAAAAAAAAAAAAUAAUAAUAAUAAUUAUUAUAUAUCCACAAUAUAUAUAUAUAUAUACACACACAUUUGCACUUUUUAUUAUUUAAUUAUUUAAACAAUUUCUACUUUUUAUUUUAUUAUUAUUUUUUAUUUGGUUGAAGGUUUGAUUUGAUUUUGUUGACUAGUAACUGAAAGCUGAAUGAGAUGCAUUAGUAACCUAAAAAAUACAAAUAAUAUAAUAAUGAGUAUAUAUUUUUUUUCUGUUAUAAAAUGCAUUACUGUUUGCAUACCUUACUUCUGUUCUUUAUAAACAGUGUAUGUACAUACUUAUACAUGCCUGCAAUUUGGCUAAAGCCAUUACUGUAACAAUUCAUGGUAAUAUAAUGCAAAAGAAUUAUUUAAAUAAAGAUUGCAUUGUU